AUGCUGCAAUGCCUUGCUGAAGAAGUACGAGUCUCUAUACUUGACAAUCUUCGCAAAUCUGGAUAUAUGUCAAUAAUUAUGGACACAUCAACAGAUAUAGCUAAGACUGAUCAAUUGGUUAUGGUUGCGCGGUAUUGUGACAAUGAAGGUAAUAUUCAUGAAAACCUUAUAGCUGUUUCUCCAGCUGAAGAUGCAACCGCAAAAGGUCUCUACGAUUUGUUUACCGAAAUGUGUGAUUCGUACAACAUUGAUUGGCGUACAUUGCUUAUUGGUCAAUCAUAUGAUGGUGCAAAUGUUAUGAAAGUACAAGUAAAUCGUUUACGUACAUUAAUACAGAAAGAAGUACCAAGAGCAAUAUAUAUUUGGUGCAAUGCACAUCAACUAAACCUAGUUAUUGUUGAUAUAUGUAGUUCUUGCAAGGAUGCAAUAAAUUUUUGUUGGUGUUUUAGAAUGUUUGUACUCAUACUUUGGUGCUAG